GUUAUCGGAUUCAGUGCGGAGCACGGGAGAGAUUCCCUGGUGGACACGUCUUCCUCCGCGAACUGCGCCCACCUCCGAUCUCCCCGGCUUGCCUACAAGUCUCCCUGCCCCCUCACUUCUCGCGCUCUUCCUCUUCUCCAGCCUCCCUCUGCCAACAACUCUCGCGAGGGCGCCGUCCGCCUCCGCCUCCGUCUCGGGGAGCGAUGACGAUCGCGCGACGCCUGCUCCGAUCCAAUGCCUCCGCCCAGGCAAUCAGCUUACUGAAGCAUGUAACUGGCACUGCAAGUUUGCAAGGCCAUGCACAUAGUCCGUUGGAUGCGUCAGUCAGACAUUUUAGUUCAGCUCCAUCUGCCCAGUCUGACACAACUGAAGAAAAUGGGUUCAAGGGCCAUGGCAUGUUGGCACCUUUUACAGCUGGCUGGCAGAGCAAUGAUUUGCAUCCUCUAAUUAUUGAGAGAUCUGAGGGUUCCUAUGUUUAUGACAUUAAUGGGAACAAGUACCUGGAUUCUUAUGCAGGGUUCCUAUGUUUAUGACAUCAAUGGGAAUAAAUACCUGGAUUCUCUUGCAGGGUUAUGGUGCACAGCUUUAGGUGGUAGCGAGCCUCGAUUAGUCAAGGCAGCAACUGAGCAAUUAAACAAUUUGCCCUUCUACCAUUCCUUUUGGAACCGCACAACCAAACCUUCAUUGGACCUUGCACAGGAGAUCCUUAGCAUGUUCACUGCAAGGGAAAUGGGAAAAGUUUUCUUCACAAACAGUGGUUCAGAAGCAAAUGACUCUCAGGUCAAACUAGUAUGGUAUUAUAACAACGCAUUGGGGAGGCCAGACAAGAAGAAAUUUAUUGCACGAUCAAAAGCAUACCAUGGAUCUACACUGAUAUCAGCGAGCCUAACUGGUCUUCCUGCCCUGCACCAGAAGUUUGAUCUACCAGCACCUUUUGUUCUGCACACUGACUGCCCUCACUACUGGCGAUAUCAUCUUCCUGGUGAGACGGAAGAAGAAUUUGCGACUAGACUUGCCACCAAUUUAGAGAAUCUUAUUCUCAAAGAAGGACCAGAAACAAUCGCUGCUUUCAUUGCUGAACCUGUGAUGGGUGCCGGUGGUGUCAUCCCUCCUCCAAAGACCUAUUUUGACAAGGUUCAAGCAGUGGUCAAGAAGUAUGACAUUCUUUUCAUAGCAGAUGAGGUCAUCACUGCAUUUGGAAGGUUGGGAACUAUGUUUGGAUGCGAUUAUUAUAACAUCAAGCCAGAUCUAGUUUCCUUGGCCAAGGCUCUUUCAAAUGCCUAUGUACCCAUCGGGGCAACUCUUGUUAGCCCAGAGAUAUCAGAGGUGAUUCACUCCCAGAGCAAUAAGCUCGGCUCAUUUGCUCAUGGGUUUACAUACUCUGGUCAUCCAGUUGCCUGUGCAGUGGCAAUAGAAGCUUUGAAACUUUACCGCGAAAGGGAUAUUCCUGGUCAUGUCAAGCAAAUCGCUCCAAAGUUCCAGGACGGAAUUAGGGCGUUGGCAGACAGCCCAAUCAUCGGGGAGAUACGUGGCUUAGGGAUGAUUAUGGGAACCGAAUUCACCAACAACAAAUCACCGGCUGAUCUAUUCCCUGCCGAAUGGGGGGUUGGUGCCAUCUUUGGAGAGGAGUGCCAGAAGCGCGGCAUGCUGGUCAGGGUUGCUGGCGACGCCAUCAUGAUGUCGCCCACGCUGAUCAUGACGCCCGGCGAGGUCGACGAGCUGGUGAGCAUCUACGGGGAAGCCCUCAGGGCCACGGAGGAGAGGGUGUCAGACCUGAAGAUGAAAUCCGAGAAGAACUAACCAAAAGGGCGAGGACGACGACGAUAACGCCUGGCGGCAACGGUAGCAGCUGAUGUACAGGUGAAUAAAAUGGUCGUGACUGCGAGAUGGCAAUAAUGCGCGGGAAUGGUCGACGGUCGUCUCUGAUCUUGGAGUGCAAGGUCAAGCUGCUCGGUCGCUAAACAACGGUGGCUGAACUUUUAAACGGGACAUAGAUGUUUUUUUCCCUAAGCAAUGGCAGUAUCUCAAAUGUUUGCUGCCCUGUAGUUUCUGAACAUAAAGGGUUAGCAGACGUUAUAAAAUUUAAAUUUUAUCGUAAAACAGUUGUUAUUCUCAUUUUCUAGUGUAUCUUC